AUGACCCUUACUUUCGUGGAGCAAAAGACAGACAAGAGAGUACCCAAGGAAACUGGAAAGAAAUCAGAGCACUGUACAAGUCCCUUCUACGGUUUGCUUGGACAAUCUGCACUUAUGAUUCAUGAAGCCAACUUUGCAGAGCUCGUUGUCUCCGCUGUGUGGCUAGCCGAAGGAUCACUUGCAGAUGUCAAAGCCAAGCGCUUCGCCGCGAAGGUUGCAUUGUGCAGUACCAGCAUAUCAAGGCAGAGAACUUCUUUCCCGGUGACAUACACAGCAACGUCUUAG